AUGUCAGAAUCGGUACCUACAGAGACCGCCCCAGUCCGACUACCGCCAUCGCUCAUCCGUAACCCUCAACUUCGGUAUUGCGAGCCGUAUUACUAUCCGUACCGUACCAACGUUAAAGCCAGAUGGAUAGGAAGACAGAUACUCGAGGUCAUCUCCACCGAAUUCAGGGACCGGUCGGUGGAAUAUUAUAAACACGCCCUGGAGAGCGGAGUAACGACCGUCAACGGGAAACCCGCUAAGCCUGAUCUGGUGUUGAAGAAUGGGGAUCGGAUCGAGAACACCGUCCAUCGGCACGAACCCCCGAUCACGAAAUCCCCCGUUUUAGUAUUGCACAAGGACGAAGCUAGGCAGUUUAUCGUGAUCAGUAAACCUGGGUCUGUCCCGGUCCAUGCGACAGGGAGGUAUUUCAAGCAUACGGUAUUAGAGCUCUUGAAGUCCGAUCAUGGAAUCACCGCCUAUAGCGUCAACAGGCUGGACCGACUCACUUCCGGCCUCAUGAUCCUCGCUACGACGGGUAAAGCAUCUACAGGUCUCGCUCAGGAAUUCAUCAAGGGGCACGUCAAGAAGGAAUACCUCGCGCGGGUCCGGGGGAAGUUUCCCGAGGAAGAGCAGACGGUGGAUCAGUCGUUGUUGACAGUAGAUCGGCAGAUGGGCUUGGUCAUCUGUACGCCGGACGGCAAGGACGCCAAGACGAUUUUCAAGAGAAUGUUUUAUGACGCCGAACGGGAUCAGAGCGUGGUGCAUUGUAGGUCAGACGAAGCUGGCGACGCCCAUCAGAUUCGUGUGCACUUGCAAUACCUCGGCUACCCGAUCGUCAAUGAUCCGCUGUACGGCGACCCUCGGGUCUGGGGACCGACGAUCGGCAAGGGCGGGGUCGAUCUCACCCCCGACGCUGAUGAGGACCACCACACCUCGGCUGGCCCGGACGACGAGGCCUCGACGCUAUCCUCCCAGCUCGCGAGGAUGCGAGGCGAAGAUCCGAUCUAUUUGAGCAGGGAGGCGAGGGAGGUCAUCUCCAAGCUCAGGCGGCAGAAGGACGAGGCCGAGGAUUGGGCCAAAUGGAGCGAGGUCAUGUACCGGACGAAACAAGCCACGCAGGAGACGUCAGAAGGUGAGUCGCUAGUGGAAUCUCGCUUGUUCUUGAAUCUAUCUGGAAAGAAUCGCACUAUGUUCGUCGAGCUGGCAACAACACACGAUGGCGGAUCGUCGUCGACGAGCUGCCAAACCCCCUCCCCCGUCUUACAAUUCGCCUCGGUACCCCCCGGCUUUUGUCCCCAAUGCCAUAUCCCCUUAGCCCCCGACCCUGCUGUCGAAGCGUUGUUCAUCUAUUUACACGCUUGGAGGUAUACGACGGAGGUCUGGGGGGAGUUUAGUACGCCGCUACCUCGAUGGGCGGAAGAAGGAUGGGAUGGCUUGGUCGCCGAUGUCGAUGUCGAUGUCGAUGUCGACGGCGAGGCUAAAGCUAAAGCUGAUGUCGAGGCUGAUGCUGAUGCUGUUGCUGAUGCUGCAGCGGAUGAAGAGUCGCACGAUCAGCCGGACCUCGAAAUUGCAUUUUAG